AUGGAAAAGUCUAAGUCGCGUCCACUGACAACUCAUGCUCUGGCAUGGUCUUGUGAUGCAGAGCUUGCAGUUGCUACAGAUGAUACCAUUUACAUAUUUCUUCCAGAGUAUCCGAGGAGUGGCGGUCCUGACGAAGGAGCGGAUGAAGAAGAAUUACAGAGCCAGUACACGCUCUCCUAUCGGGCCUCAGGCUUGAUUCGUCCAGAUCCCGCAAUCAAUGCACAGCUUUGUUCGUUUUCCGGUAUCAGAGUGGCUGGACCGCCAGCCAACGACGAGAAUUGGUUUCCUGGUGUGGGGAAUGGGUUAGUGACAGGUUCGGGGGCACCAAUCUGCCAGAUUGUGAGGUUAGAAUGGUCACCAAAUGGAUUGGGUUGUAAUCUUCGACCUAUCUUGACAGCACUUUCGACCAGUGGAUGUAUAUACACGAUUGGUGAGCACAUCGAUCGACAGUCUGCAAUGAUAUCAGGCAUGCGGGUUCGAAGCUUCAAGGCGUGGAAGACACUCUGGGGCCUCGGGGCCCAGCUUCCGCUGCCCGACAGCAACGAAGAAGAUGGAUACCGAAAUAUGAAUGAACGCAUCCAGGCCUUCUCGUGGGCCAAGGAAGUGGAUACAGGGAGAGGUCUUCUGGCGUACUGCAAUGAUGUCGAAGAAAUAGCAGUAAUGGCGGUGCAGCUCUUCUCGCAAGCAAAAGAAGGCGAUCUUUCGAGUGAAGAAACGCGAUGGGGCAUCCAGGAAGUUGGCCGAUUUGAUGGUAGAGGGAGACAUGUUAAGGAAGACGCUGUGGAUAUCACAGAUCCCGAUUACGUGCCCCAUGGGAGUGCUUUUUCUUUGAAAUGGAGCCCCUGGUUCAACAGCCAAGGCAAAAGGGUUGCUAUACUGGCAUAUUUGGCAAAGAAUCAUGUUGGGUUCCGAAAGAUCACUAUCCUUGGCAAUUGGGAAAGGGGCCAGCCUCCACACGUCGAGGUCGAGGAGGCGGAUAUGGCAGCCAUUUGCAUGUUUCUAUCAACGGACGCAUACAUCGAGUGGGAAGACCUGCCCGUAGUUAGGGGCGUGGUCGCUGAUCCGUUCAAUGUGAAGCCGUUCCAGGUUUCGUUUGUUGGCGACGCUGAGGAGUUGGCUGGCGCUCACUAUACUUGGGAGUGCUCGACAACGUAUUCUAAGGAAGAUGAAAUAGUCUCAUCGAAUCCUAUUUCUGGUACAUUAUCUGCAACAUCGCGCAACCAAGACUGGUUUCAAACAAACCUUCCGGACUCGGAGGCCUCUGUACCGAAAUGGGCAACAAGAAUUCGGAAGCAGACAACACGGCUCGUUGCAAGAGCGGUUGCGCUAGAAGGAUUAGACUCGGAUUCGGAUGACUCAGAAGACGACCUAAUGGACGAAGAUACAACACAAUUACAAGUUCCCGAAUCGAGGUACCGCAUUUGGGGUGUGGUGCAGUCACCCGGCGGUGGCACCACAGCAGUGCUUGUAUCACGAUACAGCACUUUGCACCCAGAAAGGCGAGCACUCUGCAAACUAAUGUUCUCAAGAAGAGACGAAGAGCGCGGCGAAGAUGAUGCAGUCACACUAUCGAAGCCUUUAACCACUGAAGGCCAGGUUUGGGAGUGGAUGUACGGGAAUGCCCCUGAAGUGCUUGGGACUACAGUAACCCGCAAGAUAUCUCCUGAGCUUAACAAUUCUUUAUUGAGAGAGAAGUUCAGAGAUGUUGCAGCUAGUCAACACUGCGUGUUUUGCGAUGCGGCAUUACGAUUGGAGGAGGAAGAGGCAAAAUGUGAAAACGGACAUUUGUUUGGUAACGCGCUGUGCUUCUACGGGACUGGCGAUAAUGGCUCCUGA